AUAAAAAUAAGGAAAUACGAAAACAAAGAGUACGCAGUUAAGCCAAACAAGUUUUUGUGAAAAUUAUAAAUAUAAAUACUAGUCUGUAGCAAAUAAAAAUAAAAAAAUAUUUCACGUGCGCUAGUUAUUUGUAAACAUAAAAUGUGUAGUUUAGAACCGGAGAAGGAUCACUUGGAUUCAGAGGAUUCAGCAAACCCCGCAGAAGAUACCACAGUCGAGCUAUCAUUAUUCGAUUUAAGUUGGCAGGAUGUUUUGAUACCUAUGCUAGCGGAUUUUCUCAGUCUUAAAGACCUCUUCAAUUUGCGUUGUUGUUCGCGAAUCGCUAAACGCUUUGUGGAAGCGGCAUUUGAACGUCGAAAAGAUAUUAAUUUAGCUGGUAUUAAUAGUCGAAAUAUUGAAUUAGCAUUCGCUGUUCUUGGGAAACAUUGCCAUCGCAUUGAAAGUUUGCACUUGGCCCGUUGCCAUUGGUUAACAGAUGAAUAUUUGCUGCCCAUUUUAGCUGAGAACACACGUUUACGUGUAGUAAACCUAAACGAAUGCGUUAAUAUCACGCCACUUGCAUUACAACCGAUCAUCAUUGAAUGCAAGGAAUUGCGUAUUUUGAAACUCUCCAAAUGCCAAUGGCUAACCACUGGCGCAGUGGAUGCACUAACUUUACAUCAUAGCAAUUUAAUGGAAUUUGAUAUUUCAUAUUGUACAGCAAUUGGAGAACGCUGCUUGAUUAUAUUUUUCCGCAAAUUGAAUAAACUUCAAGUCUUAUCUUUGGCAAAUACACCCAGUGUGACUGAUCAAGUGCUAAUACAGAUCGCUAACUAUUGCCGUGGACUAGAGCAUAUUAAUUUAGUUGGCUGUGCCGCCAUUUCCGAUUAUGGCAUACACAUUCUUACUACAACAUGUCAGAAGCUACAAUCAUUGAUGGUGCAUCGCUGUCCUAAUGUGACUGAACGAAUAUUGGCACCGCUACGUGGACGCCUUUUUAUAGAUCGACCGCAAUUGGGUUAUAAUCUUCAAGCGUUGCCUGGACAAAUUAAUUGUUUGUAUCUGCAGGUUUAACUUCAUUAAUUAAUAUCAGUAUUUAAGGCUAGGUCACAUUAGUAAUUCAUAAUGCAUAUACUUUAAGAAAACCUAAUAUGUAGUUUUCACAACAUUUUGAAUUUGUUGUCUAAAAAAAAAUCGAUAUUAUCUUUUCCAUUUAAUUAACAAAUUCAAAAUAUCGCCUAAAAAAGUUUUCUUUUAUCGGUAGAACCCUCCAUUAUAUCAGCUGUUAUUGUUUAUAAGUGUUCAUAUUCAAAAUAAAAGAGGCGAAAUAAUAAACAAAAGAAUACGCAGUUAAG